CAUGGCUUUGCAGUUUGCCUUAUUAAAAGAAAGGAAAUUUUCCUCUCUCUCUCAAAAAAAAAAAAAAAACAGUGCCUCCUAAUUAACGUUCUCUCUGAGUUUUCUGUCAUUCACAACAAGAAUUCAAGCGGCAAAUUAAACCUCACUUCAUUAAGGUUCUCAUAAAGUGUCACGUUUAGGAAUGAAGAUCAAAUUGGUUCGCCGAAUCAAAAAAUUGCUUUCGUGUUCUGAAUGUAGCACCAGUUCCCCAAAUCACCAAACUUGUGUGGACGUGCGUGAGGAAUAUGCCAACACAUUCCGUACGGAGUCAUACACUGAGUUUUGGACACGUGUCCUUGCAUAUUCCAAGGAUGAAUCCUCUACUUGUUUGUCUAGAGAGUCCACCACUUCGGCCAGGCUUCCCUCUUACCGUUUGUUUGCGGAGCAUCUCUUGGACCCAGAUCAGUCCACGGUUACUCGGGCCCUAUCAGAAGCCCAAUGUCGGCCCAUAAUCCAUUCUCUCUUGUCUGACUAUUUUGCACACACUGCUAAUGCUUCUCUUCUUUGUAGUCAUCUAUUAAAGGAAAUUGAUCGUGUACGUGUGAAGUAUAGGUCACUCAAGACCAUCCUUCAAUGUGUUCCAACUAAUCAAAUUCCUUCCCCAAUGAUAAUGAUACAUUUAACUGAAUUUUCCAACUUCUUGAACCCGUUUGGCGCAUCCAGCUCGCCGUCGGCCCGGAUUCGGGCUACCCAAUGCCAAUGCUCUGACUUGCAAAAGCGGCUUGAGUCAAGUCGUGACAAGGCGCGAGCCAAGCUUCAAUUAGUUGCUAGGUUAAAAUGUGGCUCGGCUUGCCUUUUUGUGGUAAUUACAGCUUCAUUUGUUGUGAUUCUUGUGACUCAUGGCUUUGCAAUGAUUGUGGCUGUGUCGGGAUUGGCUUCCAUGAAUUUGGCUUCAGAAAGGAAGUUGGCUAAAGUGACAUCUCAACUUGAUGCAGCCACGAAAGGAACUUAUAUAGUUAAUAAGGACUUGGAGACAACAAGUCGACUUGUGGCUAGACUAAAUGACGAGUUAGAGUACAUGAAAACAACAAUGAGAUUUUGGCUUGAGAGAAAAAAGGAUAAGUUUCAAGCCGAUGGUGAAGUGAUGCGCUUGUUGAAGAAGAACCAAUGUAGUUUUAGCGAUCAAUUGGAUGAGUUGGAAGAACAUUUGUUUUUAUGUUUUAUGACUAUUAAUAGGGCUAGAGACCUUGUGUUGAACCAGAUCACUAACUCAACUUGAUCCUAUACUAAAGUGUCAUAUAAUGAUUAACUAAUGAAUUAUUUACUCAUUUAGUUUUCAA